AGAACAACGAUUAGACUACACACACUAGCUAUUCAAAAUAAUAGCGGGCCAAAGAUCGAGAGAAGGCAAGUCGCAUACGGUGGCAGGGUCUAGAAAAAAAAACAUGGCAGGUCUAUCGACAAACCCUUCAUCAAGGAGAGCUGCGGAAGCUGCAACUGUGAGGACUGCUGGCGAGGUGCAAACAGCUUUGGAUAAUAGCAACCGUGGAAUCCAGGCUGGCAGUGGGAAUGCUUGGUCUCCAUCGUCCUGGAAAUCCAAGCCGGUAAAGCAAAGUGUGAAUUAUGAGGACGAGAAUACUGUCGAAAAGGCGCUUAAAAAGCUCGAGUCACUUCCCCCUCUUGUAACAGCAGCAGAGGUGUCCAAGCUUCGUGCCAGGUUGAAGGAGGUUGCACUGGGCAAGGCCUUCCUGUUACAGGGUGGUGAUUGUGCUGAAUUGUUCGACUACUGUACCGGGGAAAAAAUUAGCGCGAAAGUUAAGCUCUUGCUUCAGAUGAGCAUGGUUUUGCUAUGGGGUGGAAAUAUUCCUGUUGUCCGGAUAGGUAGAAUGGCUGGCCAAUACGCCAAGCCAAGAUCUAGUGUUACUGAGAUAGUCGGCGGGAAAGAGAUACCCUCCUUCCGCGGCGACAUUAUCAACGGAUUUGAUAUUUCGGAGAGAGCUCCUGACCCAGCUAGACUUGUGAGCGCAUAUUAUCACUCAGCGACAACUCUCAAUUUCUUACGUGGACAACUCUCAUCUGGAUUUGCUGACCUGCGCCAUCCAUUCGAAUGGACCCUCAGCCACGUUCAAAAUAGCGAGACAAAGGAGAAAUACCAAGGCAUCGUGAAUUCGAUUACCGAUACAAUUCGCUUCAUGCGCACCAUUGGUGCUGAUACUGCCUCAAGUCUUGGGACUGUAGAGCUUUACACCUCUCAUGAGGGCCUUUUACUGGAGUAUGAGCAAGGUUUAACUAGGUUGUUGCGCGACCCCAUGGAUGGGAAUAAGCCUAAAUGGUAUGCUACUUCUGCGCACUUCAUCUGGAUUGGUGACCGGACCAGGCAAUUAGAUUGCGCCCAUGUCGAGUAUUUCCGUGGGAUUGAGAAUCCGAUCGGAAUUAAAGUUGGCCCGACAAUGGUAGGGGAGGAUUUAGCGAAAUUGCUGGAUAUUGUGAAUCCGGAUAAGGAGGUUGGAAAGGUAACCCUGAUUACAAGAUACGGUGCCGAUAAAGUGAGUGAACUUUUGCCUGGCCAUAUUGAUGCCGUCGUUAAAUCCGGACAUACCGUUAUUUGCAACACUAGAUCUUCCCCGACUGGAGUCAAAACGCGCCAAUUCGAGAAUAUCAUGAGAGAACUCUCGUGUACUCACCACAUCCAUGAAAAGAGCGGAACCUAUUUGGGUGGUGUCCAUCUGGAAUUGACUGCAGACGCCGUUACCGAAUGUGUUGGCGGGUCGGAGAAUCUCACGGAUGAUGAUCUGUUGCUUAACUACACGACCUAUUGUGACCCCAGGUUAAACAAUAAGCAGGCCCUAGAGGCAGCUUUUAUGAUUGCAGGCUGGUAUCGCGAGAGGUCUUGAAAGGUGGUUUCUAGUAGUUAUGUAGGUUCUAGGGUGAUAGCAUAACAUAUUGGGUGAGAGGUGAUUGUGUUAUCGCCGUGCAGCAGAGACAUAAGUUUAACCAGGCAUGACAUAUGAUUGACAUGGUUAACAAAAUUAAUCUCGCAUCAAGGAACACGAUAAACUUUCAUUGUCAGCCUCGCUCCCCCUACGGACUUCAACGUUGUAAUAUAUAUAAAAGAGGGAGGGGGGGAGGAAUUGUAAGUGUCAUAUCAUCCAUACCAUAAUAGAAAUUAAUAUUUAGUAUGCCA